CAGGCUGCGUAAAAAAAAUAGGAGGGAUUUUUGGAUUGCGGCAAGCCUUUAUAAGGGACUGUUUCGGAUUGGCAGACUCCAUACGUUGUUUGUUUAUCCACCAUGCAGCACCUAGCAAAGUGUUUGCUUGUCUCGUCGGUGUUGGCGGUUGCCUCAGCAGGAUACCUGCCACCAGGCAAGAUCGUCGAUUAUCAUUCCUACCCAAAGUACUCGUUCAACUACGGAGUAAACGACCCGCACACCGGCGACCAGAAGAGCCAGUCCGAGACCCGUGACGGCGACGUGGUCAAGGGCCACUACAGCCUGGUCGAGCCGGACGGCUCGGUGCGCACCGUCCACUACACCGCCGAUUCGCUGAACGGCUUCAACGCGCACGUGACCAAGUCGGGCCCCGGCGUGCACCCUCCACCCGAGCACAAGAACCCGGUGGUCAUCCCCGCGCCCGCCCCCGCGAUCGUGCCAGCCGCCCCCGCGGUCGCCAUCCACAAGCCGGUGUUGGUGCACAAGCCGUUCGCGUUCGCCAAGCCGAUCGUCGUGCGGCCGGCGCUCUACGCGCCCGCAGCCAAUCCGGUCUACGCGCCCGUAGCCAAGCCGGUCUACGUCAAGCCCGUGGAGCACGUGUACCAGCACCAGCCCCAGCACCAUCAUCAGCACCAGCCCACCCCGAUCCACCACCACGAGUACGUGGCCACGCACUACAACACCCUGCCAGCGGCGGUCAGGUAUGAGCCGACGGCCGCCUACUACGACGGCUACGACAGGUACGACAGCGGCGCCGACUUCGCGAUACACAACUCGCAAGGAUACGACUACUCGUAUUAGGACCAUCCUCGGAAGGCCACCUUUCGCUUAACUUAUUGUAAUAUGAUGUACAUUUAGCAGAAGUUAUGUUCUUACAAUUAUCCUUGUAGAUCUAUGGCACUGUUUAAUUGCUUCAUAAUAAUUCGUUUACCAUCAAAACGGAUGUGUUUCAUCGUUAAAAUCUGCUUUGGGUCGCAAAAUAAAUAAAAAAAAAAUUGGCUCAAAAGAGUGUACAUAUGUAGAUCGUAAAGGAAGUGAACUUAUUAUUUAGAUCUCGCAACAAAAUUAAUCUUUGUGUAAAAUAAAAGAGUUCAUCUAUGUUAAAA